UGCUAUCGAACAGUCCCCCCGGCAGCCAUCUUAGUUGUACCGACGGCUUCAUCACCACCAGACGCCAGGAAGUGUCCGAUCUACCCGCUGCACUUCUCUGGGGUCAACUCUCUCAGUCAAACUACCUUCAAAGAAGCGGGUAGAGAAAAAAACGUUGUCGUGAGUGCCAGUAAUAAACCUUCCAGUACACCAGGAUGGACUCUGGGAUUUUGAACAUAGAGGAGAUAGUGAUGGGACGGGGAUUGCCUGAUCCACCUCCAGAAGCUCCCCCUGAAAAGCCAGCAGAGCCGUACAAACCCAUCACUUUGAACGGACCUCCUGCACCCCCUGUUCAGCCCUACCAGCAUGAAAAUCUGCAGUGUUUCCAGUGCUUCAUCACGUUCUGCAGUGCCAAAGCCAAGGAGAGGCAUAUGAAGAAGAGCCACCGGGAAGAGUACAAGCAACAGCUUCAGCAGGGAAACACACUGUUCACGUGCUAUGUGUGUGACCGCACGUUUCUGUCAUCUGAGGAACUGACACAGCACCAGCCAACACACAGCAAGGAUGACAAGCCCUUCAAAUGUGUUCACUGCAAGGAGAGCUUUAAAACGUUCUCUGAACUCACGUCCCAUCGAAGACAGGUGUGUCCAGAGAAACAGUUGGUAUGUAAAGAUUGCAAUGAAACCUUCCGGAGUGCUGGACUGCUGCGUACUCAUCGCCUGACCCAGCAUCCCCGCCCAGACGUAGAGACUGCAGAACAACCUGAGGACCCUGCGAAAACCCACCGCUGUAAGAAGUGUGGUCAAGGCUUUGAAGCAGAAUCCGAGCUUCUAGCACACCAGGAGAAGUACCCCGAAGGUCAGCAAUGCAACGGCAAUGCUUCAGCCAUCAAGAAACGUGGACGCCCUUCGAAAACCGAAGAACCGGCGGCGCCUGCUGAGAAAAAGGGAAAGCGGAAAAAGAAGGAUGAGGCAGAAGCUUCCGAGGAGGCGGAGAAGGCCAGCAGCACGUCAGAGUCGGCGGCACCUCCAGCAGAGGAAAAGGGAAAAGCUGGUGGAGCAAAGCGUGGUCGUCCUUCUAAAGCAGCAGCAACAGCAGCAAAGACAGAAACGGAAGAUAAGACGAGUCCUGAGGAUGAUGCUCCAGGAAAGGAGAAGAAACCUAAAGCAGACGUCGCUUCGUCCCGUCAGCACCCCUGUCCUGAAUGUGACCUCACAUUCCCCGGCUUGAUUCAACUCCGUCUUCACAAGAAGGAGAAACACACCCCUCGGAAGGCCCAUCCCUGCGAAGAAUGUGAAGAGAGCUUCGCCCGUCAAGAGCAGCUGGACGCCCACAUGUCACGGGCUCACGCUGUGGGCCGCUUUGCCUGUGCAACCUGCGGGAAAAGCUUUGGCCGAGAGCGCACCUUGAAAGCUCACGAGAAAAGCCACCCGGAGGAAAAGCCUGAAAACCCAAGUGCAAAGAGAUAAUUGAGACAUUGCAGAAAGUGUAUGGUUUUUGAAGAUUUUAGUCAGGAAAUGUCUUUUUUUUUUUUCUUCUUUUUAACAUUGGAGAUGUGAUGCUCCAGGUGGCUUCAGAUGAGUUUGGAAUGGUUUUGAGAAUGACCUUUUUAGCAGGUUUUGGAUUUAAAAGAUAAGUUUUGAUUAUGAGCUGUUGAAAUUUUUUGGACAAACAGACACAUCUCUUAAAUUGACUAACCAAAUGUUGUAAAAUCCAUCUAUUACCUUUGUCACAAAACAUAGUUUAUUUGUACAAACAUAAACUGUUUUGAUUAACUUUUUAAAUGAUUUGUUUCAGUUUUUUUAAGCUUGAAAUGCGUGUGGUGUGAAUUUAUUACUGUCUUGAAUUGUUCAACUCACUUUGUGGAAAAAUGUUUUUUUAUGCCCUUUUUUUUUUCCUCUUUAUUUUAAUUUUUUUCAAAACAGAUUACGUAAGUACAUAUUUUGAAGCAUAUUAGAUGCCUAGUAGAGAUACUAUGUUUGAAUGUUUAGACAGUUUGUCAAAAGAAAUGUGUAAUGUACAGCUUCUGGUUCAUAUUUUUGCAUUUUUUACACUUAAUAUUUUGAUUAUGUUCCUUUCUAAAUUAAGUCUCAUUGAGGAAGAAUUUUAAAAUAACACGAUUUAAGUUCUGCUAAAAAUGUAUUUUGGUUAAAUACUCCAGAUUCAAUGUGGAGUGUUUGGCAUGUGGUCAGAAAUGAUCCACUAUAAUCCUGAUUUGUCUUAUCAUAAAAUUUACUCCUUUUUAUUAUAAUUUUUUUUUUUUGCCUAUUAGAAUAAUAUUUCAUGUCUUAGACAUUUCUUAAAUGGAACUCGUGGCUCUUUAAUGCCUUAGAGUCCCAUAAGGAACUGUGUAUAUCAUGUGUUAUUCACUGAUUGGAUUGUUUCUCUCCCCACUGCAAUGUGUCUGGACACUGCAAAAAUGUAAUAAAAGAUGCUGUCCCGAGGGAGGCUGCUGAUAAAA